CGUUAACUUUCACCAGGCUUUUGAUUACAACCGCUGUAAGCACUUGAUGAGCAACGCGAAACAUAAUCAAAAUUUGUACUCAGUGUCUGUUUUGGUCCGAGCUGAUUAUUCUUUUGACGCAUCGCAUGAUUUCCGCAGCUCCGUUAUGGAGUUCACGGAACCCACAUCGCCAUCGGCGUUCGCGCGGUGGGAUCUUACGGAGAAAGAAUUUUUGUUGAUGAAGCAAGCUGUGAAUCCCCUUCACGAACGUUAUUUAAAGUGCGGUGUUCUUUAUGAUCCUCAUCAAUACUUGGACCGUUUCAUCACCGGCUCCCGCGUUUGGGUCAAAUCGGACAACCCAGAAGAAAUAUGGCGCUCAGGCGUCGUAAAAAAGGAUUACAAGGAAGGGGCUGGUCAGCUGGACGUCCAGAUCGAUGAAACGGAAGAAGAAGUAUCAUUGAAGAUCUCUUCGGAUGAAGAUCUUCCGUACCUUCGCAAUCCGGACAUUCUCAUUGGGGAAAAUGACCUGACAACGUUGUCGUACUUGCACGAGCCAGCCGUGCUGUACAACUUGAAAGUACGAUUCAUUGACCGAAAUUCCAUCUACACGUAUUGCGGCAUUGUCUUGGUUGCUAUCAAUCCCUACCAGGAAAUGCCCAUCUAUGACUAUGAAACAAUCAUGAUUUAUCGACAUAGUCGCGGGGAAGGCAUGCAAAAUAUGGAUCCUCACAUUUUUGCCGUUGCUGAAGAAGCAUUCACUUGCAUGGAAAGGAAUAAACAGGACCAAAGCAUAAUUGUUUCGGGAGAGUCGGGUGCUGGGAAAACCGUAUCAGCAAAAUAUGCCAUGAGAUAUUUCGCCACUGUUGGUGGAUCUGCCGACGAAACUCAGAUAGAGAAAAAAGUGUUGGCAUCAAAUCCCAUCAUGGAGGCGAUUGGGAACGCAAAAACGACGCGAAACGAUAACAGCUCCAGGUUUGGGAAGUACAUUCAGAUAGAUUUCAGCAAGCAUCUGCAUAUAAUUGGUGCUAACAUGCGAACAUAUCUACUUGAGAAAAGCCGCGUUGUGUUCCAGUCAGCGGACGAAAGGAAUUAUCAUAUUUUUUACCAGAUGGUGGCCGCGAGAGAAACGGAGCCGAUCCUCGAGCCACUGAAACUUGCUAUACCUAGCGUGAUGCACACAUUUUUACAAAUUUUGUUGACAGAUCCCGUCGAGAGUUACCAUUACCUGAAUCAGGGUGACAGCAUAUCCAUUCCUGGUGUGAAUGAUGCUGAACAAUUUGAUUCUACGCGGAAUGCCUUCUCCUUACUGGGAUUUUCCGAGUCAACGCAAGCCAGUAUUUUUCGAGUUCUUGCCGGGAUUCUUAGUCUUGGCAACAUUCGAUUUGAUGAGCGCAACGACGAUUGCUGUUCGGUCAAGGUUGAUGACGCGUUUCAUAGGUUUUGCGAUCUCAUGGAAAUAGACAAAGAGCAAAUGAAAAUUUGGUUGGUGCAUCGGAAAAUCGUAUCCGUCCGAGAGAGUGUGACGAAGCCUAUGCCUGCAAGUCAGGCACGAUCCGGCAAAGACGCUUUGGCUAAACACAUAUACGCUGUGCUGUUCGAUUUCAUAGUGAAUCAAAUCAAUCAAAGUUUGAUGGCCAAUUCAAAGUCAUACCGUUUCCUGGGAGUUCUCGACAUCUAUGGUUUUGAGACGUUCGAGAUCAACUCUUUCGAACAAUUUUGCAUCAAUUACGCUAAUGAAAAGCUACAGCAACAGUUUUGUCAGCACGUUUUCAAACUAGAGCAAGAAGAAUACGUGCGCGAAAAAAUCGACUGGAAGUUUAUUGACUUUUACGACAAUCAGCCGUGCAUAGACCUGAUUGAAUCAAAAUUGGGAAUUUUGGACUUGCUGGAUGAAGAAUGCAGAAUGCCGAAAGGAACAGACCAAUCCUGGGUUUUGAAAUUAUACGAUAAAUGCGGCACAAGCGAGCACUUCGGGAAGCCGAGGUUCUCGAAUGAGGGAUUCAUCGUUGCACAUUUUGCUGACAAAGUAACUUACGACGGUCAUGGCUUUUUGGACAAAAAUCGUGACACUGUUCAAGAAGAGCAAAUCAACAUACUUCGAGCUAGUCAGAGUAAACUUGUUAUGAAGCUCUUCCUUGAUGAAGGAGAUAAAUUACCAACUCCGAAAGCGGUUUCUCGGACUGUUCCUCUCACAAAAGCUGCUGCACCUGCGACUCGAAAUAAGCAGAACAAGAAAUCGGUUGGCUCACAAUUCAGAGACUCUUUGAAUCUAUUGAUGCAAACUUUGAAUACCACGGAUCCCCAUUACGUCAGAUGCAUCAAGCCGAAUGAUCACAAACAACCGUUCUGCUUUGAGCCUCUGCGGGCUCAACAACAGCUUCGCGCUUGCGGCGUUUUGGAGACAAUUAGAAUUUCUGCCGCGGGAUAUCCAUCACGAUGGACCUACCAGGAUUUCUUGGAUCGCUAUCGUGUGCUGAUUAAAACAGUAGAGAUCGAUCGUUCCGACAUGAAAACGACUGCCGAACGGAUCAUUCGACGGCUCAUAAAGGUCGGAGCGUCGUUUCCGCUUGCUUUUAGUGAAGAUCAAUAUCAGUUUGGCAAAACCAAAGUUUUCUUCAGAGCCGGUCAAGUGGCAUACUUUGAAAAAUUGCGUUCUGAUCGCAUGAGGCAAUGCGGCAUUUUAAUUCAAAAAGUCAUUCGUGGCUGGUUGGCGAAGAAGCAAUACAUGGUUGCCAAAAAAGCUGUUCUUAACAUUCAGCGGGUUUCACGAGGUUUUAUUGCUCGAAGGCGUGUUCAGAGGAUGAGAGAGAUACGUGCAGCAAUCAUAAUGCAGAAGUAUGCCCGAAGAUUUGUAAAACGGAAGCAGUUUCUUCGCAUUAGAAGGGCGAUUUUGGGCUUGCAGACGAGAAUAAGAGCCUAUAAUUCUAGGAUGAAUUUCGAGCAUUUAAUGAAAGAUUCCAAAGCCACUGUUAUCCAACGGCAUGUGAGAGGUUGGCUUGCCAGAAGAAAAUAUCAACGCAUUUUGCGAGGCAUUGUCUUAGCGCAAAGCUUGGUUCGCAGACGCAUCGCGAAGAAUAUCUUCAAGAAACUGAAAGUCGAAGCACGUUCUGUUGAGCACAUCAAAUCUUUGAACAAGGGUUUGGAGAACAAGAUCAUCUCCCUUCAACAACGCAUCGGGGACUUGACGAAGGAAAGUAGUAGUUACAAGCAAUUGCAAAUCGACCAAACUAAUUUGUUGGCCAAACUCGAGCAAGCCAAAGGUCUUGCUGAACGCAUUAAGCAACUCGAAAUCGAAAUUGCCAAAUUACGUGCGGAGCGCGAGGAGUUUGUUGAGACAAUUCAGCGGAAAAACAACGAACUCCUCACGCUUGCCCAACUCAAGGAGCAAGAGUUCAUCGAAAGGCGAAAAGCCGAAGAAGAAAAAUUGGUCAUUCUGAAGGAUAAAAACGAGCUUGCCGCUGAAAAGGAGAAGUUGGUCUCUGAUGUUGAUGAUCUUCAAAGAACUAUUCAGGAAAUGGAAGAAGUGAGCAAUGCGAAGGAGCGCGAGCGAGAAGAGUAUGAAGAGCUUCAAAAGCGUUACCAAAAUUUGUUCAUGGAAAAAGCAAAUAUGGAGCAAAAAUUGGAGAACAUGAGAACGCAAUUGAUGCAUGUGACGCAAUUCGGUACCCAGGAUUCCACUGGAGGAGCGGGUGAUUCUCUGAGUCCAAGUUUCCACCGACGCAAUGCGUCCGAUAUCUCAAUAAACAUGACGGACUUCAGCAGCAUCGGAAAUGAUGAGGAUAUUGGUUACGGAUCUACUCGAGUGCGAGAAGAAGGCCGACGUAAAUUGGAUGACGUUGAAUGGGCAGGAGACGGUCGUGGAUCUGACAUCGAUGUUGGCCUGAUGCUUCAGCUCCAGCAGAAAAUUAAGAAGCUUGAACGUGAACGGGACAGCUUCCAGUCCGAAAAUUCGAAACUCAAAGGCGGCAUUUCCCCGUCGGAGCAGACCGUGAACCAUAUUAGACUUCAAGAAGUCGAAAUGGAAAACGCAAAACUGAAGGAUGACCUGAGCAAGCUUAGAAUUUCGAUUGCGGCUGGUGGUGGAUCUGAUGUGGAGGAACUGAAGGCGCAAAUGGAAGCCUUGAAUGAUGAGCUGGGACGCAGACGAGAGGAGUGUGUUCAGUUGAAAUCGGUUCUUGCCGACCAAGCACGGUCUGGAUCUCCGCUAGUAUCUGGAACCCAUUUUGGUGACGAUAACAUCGACGACUACGCCGGCGCGUAUGAUGCCCAGAAAAAAAUACUGAGGCAACAGGAAGCGGAAAUUCAAGAAAAAGCAGUUGAGAUCGCAGAACUGCGUCUUGAGAUAGAAAAUCUUCAUGACGAUAAUGAGCGUCAGCAAAAGCUUUUGGCUUCUCACCUUCUGGAGUCUCCGGAUGGAGCCGAGCAGGCGUUCAGUGCUGUUGCCAAGCAUGAACUUGAGCGCCUGACGAAAGAGAAUAUGGAUCUUUACGCGAGGGUUGAGAAGUCGACGAAUCAGGCUGCGAGGUACAAAACACUGAUCAAAAAGUAUGCCAAGAAGCUGAAAGACAGCGGAAUUUUGAACAACGAUUCGAGCACAACUCGGAGCACGAAAUCGGAAGGCGUGGUUAUGAGACUUCGCAACAAACGCUUCGAUCGUGCGCGAUCUCGCGUCAGUGCCGACUCGUGGCGCAAUCUGGCGACGGAGGACGUGGGAAAAGUCGCGGAAGCUUUUCUUUCGUAUCCGAUGUCGAGUUACGGUUCACCAGCACACAGUGAUGAGGACGUUACCUCUUGCGUAGUUUCCGAACUGAGUCGUCCGCUGACCUUUUUGUCUGGACUGGUCACACCCGCGUGCAUUGAUCGGUACGAGGAGGAAGCGCGCGAGGAAAUGGUUCGAAGAGCGCGACGAUUUCGGGAGAAGGGGUCUACGCGAAGGUCGGCAGCUCCGGAGCGGCACCGGAGCUGGGAUCGGAACCAUGGACUCGAUUUACCACCGUUAGCCAACCAGCGACUGGGUCUGAGAGACAUGCCGGCUGUGCGACAUAAAGAAAAUCAAGACUUCCUUGGGAUGUAUGCAUUUGAAAGCGACGAUCAGCCGAAGAUCUUCAAACAUUUGAUACUGGAUUUGCGACCUCAAGUCGCGAAGCGCUUGCUACCAGGUCUUCCUGCUUACGUCAUCUUCAUGAUGAUACGCCAUACGGAUCACGUGAAUGACGAAGUGAAAUUCAGAGACCUCAUGAACGCUGUUAUUAAUGCCAUCAAGAAAAUUGUGAAGAAGAAGCAUGAUGAUGUGGAAUACUGUGCCAUGUGGCUGGCAAACUUGGUCCGUCUGAUGCAUAAUUUGAAACAAUAUAGUGGAGAGAAGAAAUUCCAAAGCAAGAACUCGGAGAAGCAGAAUUCGCAAUCGCUGUGUCACUUCGAUCUGGUUGAUUACCGAUCAGUGCUAUGCGACCUUGCCCUCUGGGCGCAUACCGUGCUUGUGAGAGGUUUGGUGGACCAGAUCACGAAUCUGGUUAUUCCAGCUAUCAUGGAACAUGAAUCCAUUGCUGGUUUACCGAGUAGCGGUCCUCCGCAUGCUCGUUCUAGAGCAAAUAGCUCUGCUGUUUCGACACCUUCUGGAGAAUCAUUGCCAGGCGAUGGGCCCAUUGAUCCUCAAAAGGCUUUGGAUUAUCUCACCAAACGCUUGGAUCAAUUUUUGCAACUGAUGCAGUCGUACGGAAUAGAUCCGGAAAUCGUCGUUGGUGUCUUCAUUCAGGUGUAUUAUUACAUCGGUGCUACAAGCCUGAAUUGCCUGCUGAUGCGGAAGAAUGUGUGCCAUUGGUCAAAGGGGAUGCAAAUUCGUUACAACAUAUCCGUCUUGGAGCAGUGGGCUCGAGAAAAGAAACUUGAUGUAUUGGAGCCACUGCAACCCAUUAUUGAAGCGGCUCAGCUGCUACAAGCCAGGAAGACCGAUGAGGAUGUUGAUACGAUUUGCACUACCUAUACAAAAUUGAGUCCAUUGCAGAUUGUGCAGAUCCUUAAAUCCUACACCCCGGCGAAUGAUUUUGAGGAACGGGUGAAUCCUGCUUUCAUCAAAAAGGUUCAGGCGAAGCUGGAGGACAGACACGUCAAAGAGAAUAUGAACAAGGGCGGAACUGCUCCUCUUCUGAUGAACACAAAGUCGCCGUCGUAUGCGGUAAAAUUCCCGUUUAAUCCAUCAAGCAUUUGUCUGGAAGAUAUAGAAAUUCCUGACGCCCUCGGUCUGAACUGUUUGAAGAAAUUAUAGAAGCUGGUUUGCCUGCUGGUUGCCAAUUGAACCGCGAGAAAAGCUUUUUCUCUGCCGUGCUUUCAGUUGCCAAUAGCCUUAGUUGAGAUUUUCUUCGAUACCCGUUCACUCAUUAUUGCUUGAGAUUUUUUUUCUUGGGGACGUGACGUGCAUGCUUUCAGCGCGUUGUGUUUUUUUUUUGUUAUUAGUUUGCAAGCGUUUUAUGUUACUUAAGCUUCCGACAUUCCCGCAUGAAUGUCGGAAAUUCCGAGACAUCGUUUAGAUUGUGAUAAUUGAUCCGAUACGAGUACUGCAAUCCAAACAUUCAUCGAUUGAUAGUGUUUUUUUCUGGGAUUGUUAGCAUUCCUGUCGUGUCCUGUCGGGGGACAUUUGUACGCAAACCCAUUCCGUUCAGUAAACGUGUUCCUGUGAUUCGCGAAUGUGCAUCUUGAAAACGUAUUCAAGAUUUUUGUUCUGUUGAAAAACCAUGCAAUUUGAACUUUUUGUUGUGGAAGUUUUCAUGUUCUCCGUAUGAAACAUUUAGGAUUGUUAAUUUAAAGCCGUUCCCUUGCCGUUAUCGAUAAAUUUUGUUUUUGAGCUUUGUGUGUUUGGUACUUACGUCUGCGAUGCUGUGAUAGAAGAUUUUAUGGGAAUUUUUUUUUCCAACCGGCGUGCUUCAAUUGACGGUUAGUUUGAGGGUUUGGACCUUAUAUUUCGCCCGCGCUUCUACUUCAGGGAUUUCAAUCUCUUUCCCCGAGGAUACUCCUAAGCUUUAAUACGUUAUGGACAAUUGUGGAAGGUUUUACACGCGUGGGCUUGCUGUUCUACGUGUAAUAAUGAAUAAAGGUGAAGGGUGAGAUGUCUGGGAAGGUUUGGUUAUGCUAUAGAAACUGGGACUUCUGCAUACGCCAUUGCACGUAGCGCCUUCUGAAUAAAUGAGAGCUGUUUGCAGUUUACGGAG